UGUUUCAGGAUUAUUGGGGAAAUUGAAGAAACUAGUGAAGUCAAUGGUAGGACCAUAGAUAUGAAGCCGUUUUCUGUUAUAUCCUUUUUUUUCCCCCCUUCCCAUGUCGAUCUCCACCGUAUAAGUAAUCGCCUGAUUGGUUUAGGCGUUAGCGGUCUCCACCUUACUUCCAUCGUCAGAUUUGAAUCCACCUGGAAGUCUGUCUCGCAAUUUCAGAUAGAUUGCUAGUUAUAUUUCGCUUUCAAACAUAGCUGCCUGCCCAAAUGAACCCCGCCACAAAUACUGCUGCUGCCUCAGACGCAUCCGUCGCCUUUCCCCUUCCCUUGCUGCUGCUGCCUCAGACGCACACUCUUUAGCACGAGAUUUUGAGUCUCGCCGUCGUCCCUCUCGCUCUUGCUGCAGCUCCUGCUCCCGCCUUCGCGCCAGAAAUCACUGCUACUGCCUCAGACGCCAUCAACGCUCGCAUUCACUGAUCUUGAGGGACUGUUUGCUACCUCCUCCUUUCCCCUUCCAUAAGAAAUAUAUGAAGCAAUAUAGUAUUUCAACUACAAAAGUCCUUUAGUAGAGGUUAUUGGUUUUUCAAUUGCGUGAAAUGGAGAAAAGCUGCUAUGGAGAACGAUCUAGUGUGGCAAAUGUGAAGAGGAGACCCCAAAUUUUGGCAGGACAGGUGGUCCCCUUCUUGCUAGUGAAUCAAUUGACAGAACAGGCCUCUGUGAAUGUGGCUUCCACUUUUGAUUGGCUAAUCUUUCAAGAUUUAUAUCAUGUGCAACACGUCGGUUGCUUCAAGAAAGUAUGUUUACAUUAAUAAUGGAACCAUAUCACAAUCGCCAGUUGUGGAUGCCCACCAUAUUAUAUUUCAGAAGACUUCUAUGAGCUAUUUCAUGCUGUGGCUGUUGGCUACUGCCUUUAUAGUGACCUUCUAUUGUAUGCUAUUUUACAAGGAGCAUUUGGGACUGUCUUGUUUUUGGAGCAUUCUUCUUUAUUUAAUCCUUACCGCAGUCUUCCAUGGGAAGGUCGUCAAGAAAGAGUCAAUUUUGAUUAUGCCAAUGCUCGGAGUGCAGCUUGAAACACAUUAUAGAAGCGGAAGGAUUCACCACAGAUUUGUUCCUAUUGACAAAAUUCUAAAACCUGUACUUAAUGAAUGUGUUACGCCAGUCACUUGUUAUUGGAGCUUGGCAUUAAUUUUGCAAGAAGAUGCAGAGCUAACACUAGUUUUCCAAGAAGUGCACCCACCGUUGGAAAUGUUAGUCUUAGUGUGGAAAGCUUUAUGUGCUGUUGUUGAUGGUAGACUGGCACAAAUGAAGUGACAAAUGGAAUGGUAGACUGGCACAAACAACGGUUCUGUUGGUUGUAGUUUGGUGAAAUUUUAAUCUCCAAUUAUAUGUUUUGGUUACAUAGUGGAUUUCUCAAAAAACUUCACUAUUUUAAACAAGAGGUGCCAAAUUUCCUGCAAGUCCUACAGUUCUCGCCACCAAAUGAUAAAAAAGUCUUGAGAGCAGUCACCAUUUUCAAUGUGAGAUAAUUUGUACAGACGGCCUUCGCAUGGUAUACAAUUAAAGUUUAUGUACGUACAAUUUCAACUUCA